AUGAAGUGGGAUAGAAAAAAGGAUAAAAAUGGAUAUGGGCAUAAUGAAGAGGGAGUGGGCAAUGGAUGUAAUGAUGAUGGGGGCAAAGUUGAAGAUGGAUUCGAGGCUAAUGAUAAGUACGACGAAGAGGACAAAGAGUACUGA